UCUCACUUCACGCUAUAAGCUUUAUAAAAGGAGUCAUUCAGCUAACAAGAAGUUAUGAUAAAUAACGACUACGAUUACGAUCUAGGAAAUGGCUCAAACGUUACGUACGAUACCAACAAUCUCAAUUUCAACUGGAAUGAACUACUACCAACGUUAAUUGUCUAUGGAGUCACUUUUAUUUUAGGUCUUACCGGCAAUAUCCUUAUAAUUUUUACAACGUUUCGAUAUCGACGUAUGAAAAGUGUGACUAACGUUUUUCUUUCCAGUUUGGCAUCAUCUGAUCUUAUUUUGAUCAUUGUUUGCAUUCCAGUAAAGGUUGCCAAAUUGUUUUCGUACACGUGGGAAAUGGGAGCAGUUGUAUGCAAAGGCAUUCACUACAUGCAGUAUGUUUCCGCCAUAUGUUCCGUAUUGACAUUAACUGCAAUUAGUAUAGAAAGGUAUUAUGCAAUUGUACAUCCCAUGAAAGCCAAGUACGUUUGCACUAUCAGUCAAGCGAAAAAAAUCAUUUUAUUAAUCUGGAUUUUGGCCAUAUUUCUCGGAGCACCUACUCUGAAGGCACAGCUACAUUUACCAGUUGGCAAACGAAAUGAGUCCAAUUACUGUGUUAGAGGCUGGAACGACAACCCGGAAAUACACAAGUUCCACGAAUUAUAUAUGUUCGUCAUCAUACUGGUGGUACCGUUUUUCAUAAUGGCCUUUUCAUAUGGACUUAUUUCUUGGGAAAUUUCCAAAGUUAUGGAAAGGAGGUCUGCUAUGACUGGCGAACUAAACCGUUCAUCGGAAAAACAUAUAUGCCAAAAUGCAAAAUUGAUCGAAACUCUCCACAUGAACUCAGUCAAAAGAGCCAAAAAUGCCAGAGAUGACACUACUAUGGUAAAACAAGUAAUAUGCAUGUUAGUUACAGUGGUAGUACUCUUUGCAGUCUGCUGGACUCCAAUGUUGAUCGAUAAUGUUCUGACAGCCUACGGCGUCCUGCCGUUUAUGAAGUUUGGAACACUAAAAUAUAUGUCCAAUGCUUUCUCCCUAAUGGCGUACUUUAACAGUUGCAUAAAUCCCAUUAUUUACGGAUUCAUGUCAAAGAGCUUCCGAGAAAGUUUUGUCCAAGCUUUGUGCUUAAAGUAUGAGAAAAGAAGAAUGCACGAACGAACUAGCAGCUACAGCCUUCGUCACAUGUCAGCCAGGGGAUCAAUGAAAAGUGUUGUUACACGAACUACUUCGCUGAAGUGACUAAUUGGGACCACUGUUUAACAAAUGUGUUAUAGCAGUACUAAAUAUUAAAUUGUACAGUGGGUGAUCAAAUUAUUAUUGAUAAAAUAAUACAGAUGAAAUAUAUAUUGGUAUAUAUUUUUCUUGUCACACUUUAUAAAGUGCUUUUCGUUCUCUUACAUGAAACGUGUAUUACUGGUCAAGCUCUUUUGAGUUAGAAAUGAAUAGAAGACUGAUGAGUUUCAUGUAAAAGUAGAAUUGCGUCGGUGCAUGGUGCUUAGACCUUAUUUAUUAUCGUUGGUGCUGGAUCAGAUAACAGUGUAACACGAAAGUAGCCAUAUUAAUCGGCAUUCAAUUAUGAGUCAUCAUAUAUCGAGUAAAACAGCACCACUUUCAUCCCAACAUCAUGGCAUCUUUCUUAAAUGUAUGUUUUUCCUGUGGUUUUAUAUUCUAAUAUAUACAGAAAAAAAAUACUGCAAAGGUGUAGAGAGGUUUUUGGCGAAAAAAGUCUAAAAGUUAGGACAAAAGUAGAAUAUUUAGAAUGUUCAUUUUGUCUGAGAGCUCUAAUAAUUUGAUCACCUCCUUGUUAUAAAUGUUUCCUACAAGUGUUAACUGUGAUAUAUG